AGCACCGCCGCCGCUGUUUGGGCAAAGCGGGCCCCGCUUCCGAGCUGCGGUGGAGUGCCGACGCCGACGCCGCCGCCAGCGAGAGAGGACUGUACACCGACGCCGUGUUGGAGGGAGUCGGUUCUGUUUGCCCGAACCGCGGGUUCGUACGCGAUGCGGCCGGGACGCUCGGUUCCGUCCCAUUUGGGCGGGUUGGUGCACGCGGUGGCCGUGCUAUCGCCGCCCUCUGCCCUGGUGGGGCCCUGGCUCCAGCAGCACGGCUGCGUGGCUGCUCGGAUCGCGCACCACCAUCACCAGCAGCAGCAUCACCAGUUUCAGCUCGGAGAGCGGUUCCGGUGCCUGCAGGGCGGCCCAGGAGUGCUGCUGCCUCCUGAGGGCUACUCAUUGGAGUCCCACCCUCAUCACCCCCACCACCACCGCCGCCAGCACCAUCCCCACCACCCGCCCUUGGCGCUGGGGCAGCCGCUCUGCCAUGGGCUGCCCCCCCGCUGCCCGUCUGCCUGCGUGCACGAGGCCCCCCUGGUCAAGGCCCUGAGGCGCCCACUCGCCCCCAGCGCCCUCUGGAGGCACCGCAGGAGGGCCAACAUGGGGCAGAAGGUCACCACGGGCCUCAAGGUGGACCACCCGAUGGAGGAGGUGGGCUCUGGGCUCCCGUCGGGGCUCUCCGGCGGGGUGUCGGGGGCUGGCGGGGUGCGGGGUGGGGCCUGGGCCUCGUCGGGCGGGGCCCGUGAACCGGAGCGUCCCCUGCGGCUGGACCUGCUGCUGGACAUGCCGCCGGCAUGUGGGGACCUGCAGGGCCGGCACGCCUGGAACCCCGAGGACCGCUCCCUCAACAUCUUCGUCAAGGACGACGACCGCCUCACCUUCCACCGGCACCCUGUGGCCCAGAGCACCGACUGCAUACGCGGAAAGGUGGGCUACACCCGGGGCCUGCACGUCUGGGAGGUGCGGUGGAGCACGCGGCAGCGGGGCACUCACGCGGUGGUCGGGGUGGCCACCCGGGAGGCGCCCCUGCACUCUGUGGGCUACCAGUCCCUGGUGGGCAGCAACCGGGAGUCCUGGGGCUGGGACCUGGGACGCAACAAGCUCUACCACGACAACAAGAACAACCCCGCCGUCACCUACCCCAGCCACUGUUGCCGUCCGUCGGAAGAGGUGUUCCUGGUGCCGGACGCAUUCCUGGUGGUGCUGGACAUGGACGAGGGCACCCUGGCCUUCGUGGUGGAGGGCCGUUACCUUGGGGUGGCCUUCAGGGGCCUGAGGGGCAAGAAACUCUACCCCGUGGUCAGCGCAGUCUGGGGCCACUGCGAGAUCACCAUGAAGUACAUUGGCGGACUGGACCCGGAACCCCUUCCCUUGAAGGACAUCUGCCGGAGGGUGAUUCGGCAGCGCGUGGGCAAGUCCCGGCUGGGGCGUGUGCCCGAACUGAACCUGCCCACCGCUCUCAAGGCGUACCUCCUGUACCAAGACCGGGCCAGUUAACGCCGCCAGGCAUGCCCCUGUGCGGGCGCUGGCCCCAGCGCAUUCCAACCCUGUCCGGGGGAAGCCCCGCUUUGCCUAUUUAUGGAACCCCAAACCACCGCCCCCUCUGCUCGUCGAGCGAAUGCACCGAGUCGACGUGCCGCUACGAUCGACGGCGACUUACAGUGAUUCGUGGUGGUGCGCGGACUCGUUGGAGCACCGGACGCUGUGCGAGGGCAACGCAAGCCUCGCCACGGCGAGGACGGUGGUGCUUUUCGUCAUUUGCGAUGGUGAACAAUUUGGAACACUCGUGGCAUGCGGCAGUGUUGCGACGCGUCCAUGUCGGUUUGGUCACUUUCCUAGGAAGAGUACAGGGCCGUUCAGCCCUGUCGAAAGUGGAGACCGAGCGGUGGCGUAACACCGCUGUGCGCUCCGUUUCCACACAUAGUCCCGCAUCUGCAGGGACCAGGGAGUUUAUGUUCCCCUUCCUCUUGCUUGCACUUGCUUGACAGCUGUCUCGACCAACGGCGGCGCGUGCUGUGACAGCCUGGAGAGGUUGAAACCCUUUGCGUAUAGGGCGAUGCCCUCGUCGGUGUUCCCACCUGCUCGAGGGCUCGCCACCGCGCUCAUAGUCCGUCUUAGUCCAGCGACUUAGCCAGGAGGGUCAGGGAGAAACUGCAAUCGCGUGGGUGUCGAAGGUGGCUGGUACGCAGCUCCGCAUUUGUCGAGAGUCGCUUUUGCCCGUGCCACAACAUUGGGGGAGACUCCCUGCCAGUGCGUUUUUUAAACGUUGGUGCCGUGCAAGCACUUUUCACGUGUCGUUGUGGCUGCAACAACCAAAAAAAGAGGCACAACAUGUGUGCGAGAGGAUUCCAGUUGCCCGCUUGCUGUGUCUGAUCCUUUCCUUUGUUCGGGGCCAUACGAGGACCUUGAUUUGUUUCUUAACCACUGAUUGCCAACUUUAUGGUCUUGAUCUAAUUGGGCACUCAAAAGGUUGGCUAUUCUUUUAGGGGUAUACUUUGCUUUUUCUAAAUGAAGUUUAUGAAACCAUUAAACAGUUAUCUGAAGAGAUGAUUUUUGUUCCUUAUCAGAAAAGAAUAUAGGAAAAAGCAUUUAUGUAUAUUAUACGUGUGAUUGAAGGCUCCAUAAUGGAAGACACCGGGCAUUGAAAAUGCUCGACUUGGGCAUCAGUGUGCUCUGUACAGGUAGUCUCAGAUCCAUAUAUGUUUUUCCAAAUGCUGGUGCGAAUUAAAGAUGUCACGAUUUGCGGUCGACUUUGUAAACUCCACGAACUUGCGCAGCGAGCGAUGUGGCCAUUUGCUGCAAGUGCCGCUUGGAGCAAGUGUGCUCGCAAGGAUGCCUCGGGCUGCUGUCAAACCGAACUGGAAUGUGUGUGUGUAUGAAUGUAUGUGUGUUGGUCUGGUGAAGUGUAGAGGCCGGAAAUUUCUGUGUAUUAGUGAAUAAAAAUGCCGGAGUUUG